AUGGUAACAGCUAUUCGCGCCGUCGAUCUGCCCAAAGUACAAGGUCUCUUUUGCAUUCGGAACAUCAAUGGUAGAUUCUACUGUACCAUCACGAUUGACGAAAAGCAAGAACGCACCGAGGUUGCUCGCCGAGGCAGUUCUCCAGAGUGGGAUAAAUCGUUCUCCUUUUAUGCCCACCCGUCUUCAACUUUGACGCUUCACAUCUAUGCUUGCAGAAGGAUACGCAGGGACCAGCAUAUCAGCGUGAUCACAGAACCCAUCUCAACGUUGUGUUCUUCAAUAAUCAACGGCGGCACUGAAGAGUUCACCAGGUCUAUUCCAGGAGAAUCAAAGGCUCGACUCAAGUUGCGGAUUAUAGUAGGAGGCAAUAAAGAGACACCGAUUAAUGCACUUGCAAGCAUUGAGCGCGCGUUACCCGCUGUGAAAUCUCCCUCAAGAGCUGUCGGCACAACGCUGGAAGACGUGGCCUCUGGUGCCGAAGUUGUCCAGGGUCUUUCCGACGCUUCGAGAUCCCUCUUUGGAAAGAUGAAGGUCUUCUGUGAUCUGAUGGACCUGGUGACGGAAGUUCAACCCUAUUCGAGAAUGGCUUGGAUGGUCGUCUCUGCGGCCCAAAAGCUUUUUGAGAAGUCAAAGGAGCACAAUCGACAAGUUCAGAAGCUGGUCGCAACCAUGGACUCACUCUACAACAUCGUGAGCGAAUUGAAGGUCAAUCCCGAGAAGAUCCAGUCUCAUCAAGGCCUGCUGCGACGGAUAGCUCAACAGACCACGGAAUGUUGCUACUUUAUCCGUGAAGGUGUUAAUAAGGAGGAUUUCGCGGAUCGGCACCGACUUUCUGUGACGGAUGCCCAUAUUGAUAAAUAUUGCGCAGCAUUCGCAGACAUGGAGAAGGAAUUCUAUGGUCGACUAGUCGGCCAAGCUGGGAUUGCUGUCAUGCGCAUCCUGGACGUUGUGGAAGACCAUCCCACGGAAACCAAUUUGGAUGGCAUGCCGUACGCGAACGGUGUCAGCUUUGAUAUGUCCAAGAGAUGUCACCCGGGAACUCGCACGAGCCUUUUGGAUGAGAUUGCAGAUUGGAUCAAUGCAGAGGAUGCUCCACGGGUCCUCCUACUCUCUGGUGCUGCGGGUACGGGUAAAUCGACCAUCUCCCACACUAUUGCUCAUCGAUUCAAGAAUGUGGGUCGUCUCGGAGCGUCUUUCAGCUUCACACGUGGACAGGCGGACCGUGGGCCCAACAAGCUCCUCUCAACGGUCGCGCAGGAUUUGGCUGACUUGGACCAGCACAUACGACGCGCUCUGGGCGAGGUUGACCAUCGCGAUAAGGAUCAUCAGACCAUGUCAAACGUUCGCACACAGUUUGAACGUCUCAUUCUAGAGCCAAUCAAGACACUCGUGUUUACUGGCCCCAUCGUCAUAGUCAUUGAUGCUCUAGACGAAAGUGGUGAUCCCACAUCUCGCGAAGAGCUGCUUCAGGUACUGGUCACCAGGGCUCAGGAUCUUCCGGCCAAUUUUCGCAUCUUCCUCACAUCCCGCCCCGAGCCAGAUAUCGAGCGUUUGUUCCGACACAAUGAUCGCGUCGCCGUAAAGAGGAUGUGGGAUCUUUCGCCAUCAUCGACCGAGGCCGACCUCAAAUUAUACAUUCACGCACGUCUGAGCGAUCCUGAUCUCGAUGACAUCGAUGACGAAUGCAGGCGCACGCUUGUUUCAAAAUCAGCCGGUUCAUUUCAGUGGGCAUAUGUUGCCUGCGAGUUCAUCAAAGGCAUGGGGAUGCCAGGAUCUGCCUCUAGGGAGCGAUACGACCUUUUAAUCCAGGGCACGACUGGUAAAGCCCGGCCACUGGAUCAUCUGUAUAGGAUGGUUCUAUCUCAUUUUUUCCAAGCAGGAGGCUCUUUGGUCCUGAACAGGUUCAAGCUCCUCAUGGGACUUCUAUUGGUCGCGUUUGAACCCCUCUCCGUUGGGCUGCUGAACAAAUUACUCCACGCUGCGAGAGACGGAAACCCUGGUUUUAAGGUGAAAAAUAUCUUGGACUACAUGGGCUUUUUGCUGAGCGGCGUCACCGGAGAUGAGCCUGUCCGUCCUCUGCAUGCCUCAUUCCGUGACUUCUUGUUGGAUCCUUCCCGCAGCGUCGAAUUCUGUGUCGAUACGUCGCAAGCGCACCGAGACUUGAUUUUGGCUUCAUUGUAUAUCAUGAAGAAGGAGCUCGCAUUCAACAUAUGCGGCCUAGAAUCCUCUUAUGUCUUGAAUCAAAACAUCCCCGACCUCGCGGACCGUAUCCAGAAGCAUAUACCGGCUCGUCUUUCGUACUCUUGUCGCUUCUGGGCAGAGCACUUGCGAGGCUUGCGUUUCGCCAUUGACCCGAUACUCUUGAAGGACAUGGAAGUGAUACUUACCCAAAAAUUCCUGUUCUGGCUCGAAGCGAUGAGCCUCCUCGGUGAUAUAUCUGGAUGCGCACAGGCAUUGUCUUUUCUCGCCGAUUGGAGUUCUGGUACGAAUACAGGCCAAAUUUCGCGGCUCGUGAGUGAUGCUCGAGUAUUCGUGAAUACGUUCGCAUUUCCCAUGUCACAAUCCGCUCCGCACGUCUACUUGUCUGCCCUCCCAUUUACACCACCAACUUCUACGGUGUUCAGGUCAUUCAAUGGCGAGUUCCCUCAAACGAUAUUCCGGGAUUGGGCUGGGGCUACUGGUCAUUGGCCGGUCGUCCAGGAUGUCAUACAUGCAACCGUGACUACAGUCGUCUCAUCGCUCAUGUUCUCACCAGACGGCUCGCGCAUCGUGACAGGUUUGCAGGACAGUACGAUCAGGUUAUGGGAUGCGAAAACUGGCGCAGCAGUGGGCGAGCCUCUACAGGGACAUAAAAGUCGGGUCCAGGCUGUUGCUUUCUCACCUGACGGCUCGCGCAUCGUGUCAGGCUCGAUCGACAAGACGAUCCGGAUAUGGGACACGGCAACUUGUGCCACUACGUGCAAGCCUCUCGAGGGACAUACAGGUUGGGUACAAUGUGUCGCUUUCUCCCUCAACGGCCUGCUCAUCGUAUCAGGAUCAAUCGAUACCACUAUCAGGAUCUGGGAUGCAGCUACAGGUGCAGCUUUGGGCGAGCCUCUCAAAGGUCAUGUAGAUGAUGUCCUGUCCAUUUCUUUCUCGCCAGACGGUUCGCGCAUAGUGUCGAGCUCAAUUGAUGCGACAAUCCGGAUAUGGGAUGUGGCAUCAGGGGCGGCCCUGGGUAAGCCUCUCAAGGGACACACAAGUUGGAUUCGAUCUGUUGUUUUUUCGCCGGAUGGCUUGCGUAUUGCAUCAGGUUCGGACGACAAGACAAUCAGGAUAUGGGAUUCAGCAACAGGUGCCGCUGUAGGCCAGCCUUUCGAAGGACACACAAAUCGUGUCCAGUGCGUUGCUUUCUCGCCAAACGGGUCGCACAUCGUGUCAGGGUCAACUGAUGCGACAAUUCGGGUGUGGAAUUCGGCGACGGGCGUCGCUGUGGGCGAGCCUCUUGAAGGACAAGCAGAUGAUAUCCUAUCCAUCACUUUCUCGCCAGACGGUUCGCAUAUAGUAUCAGGCUCAAAUCAUGCGACGAUCCGGGUAUGGGAUGUGGCAGCGCAAAUCGCUGCAGGCGAGCUUUUCGAAGGGCACACAGAUUGUGUCCAUUCUGUCGCCUUUUCCUCCAACAGCUCCUACGUUGUGUCAAGUUCAUCCGACAAGACGAUCCGGCUGUGGGACGCGGCAACGGGGUUCGCUAUGGGCGAGCCGCUCAGGGGACACACUGGUUGGGUUCAGUCCGUUGUUUUUUCACCAGAUGGCUCGAGAAUCUUGUCAGGCUCACGCGACUCAACAAUCCGGGUAUGGGAUACGGGAACAGGCACCGCUGUGGGCGAGCCUUUGGAAGUAGGCACUCUUGGGGUCCAGUCUAUCGCUUUCUCACCAGAUAGCUCGCGCAUUGUUUCAGGCUUGGAUAACGGGACUCUCCGAGUUUGGGACACGGAAACAGGCGCAGCUGUGAGUGAGCCUUUCAUGGGGCACGCAGGUUCGGUGCAUUCCGUCGCUUUCUCGCCAGAUGGUUCGUACAUCGUAUCAGGCUCGUUUGACAAGACGAUACGGAUCUGGGAUGCGACAACAGGUGCCUCUGUGGAUGACCCCUUCGAAGGACAUGUAGAUCAGGUUCAUUCUGUUGCCUUCUCGCCAGACGGCUUAUACAUCGUGUCAGCCUCGCGAGACUGGACGAUCCGGCUGUGGGAUACGGCAACGGGUUCUGUGGGCCAGUUUUUCGAAGGACACACAUCCUGCGUCAAUUCCGUCGCCUUCUCACCAGACGGCUCGCGUAUCGUAUCAGGCUCAUCAGACAAGACGAUACGGUUGUGGGAUACGGUAACAGGUGCUACUCUGGGUGAACCUUUCGAGGGACAUACAGAUAGUGUCAUGUCCGUUGCUUUCUCGCCAGAUGGCCUGCACAUUGUCUCGGGCUCGCGCGACGCGACCGUCAGGGUGUGGGAUGCACCAAUGAGUCUCUUUGUCGGUGAGGCUCCUUCUGGGCAUGCGAAGGAAGAUGAAUCAUCUUCAGCCUCCGAGAAAGAUGGCGGUGAUCUGGCUGCGUUGGACUCAAACACUCUGGUUUCUGCUCCGCAUCAUGUCCCAAUUUUGUUCUCAUCGCGAUGCGAGCACGCAUUGCCCAAUGUGGACAACCUCUAUGCAUCCUCUAUGCCGCCUCAAGUCCAUUAUCGUACAUCUAGACACCUGACCGAGGAUGGUUGGAUGAUGGGUCCGGCAUCGCAGCUCUUGUUCUGGGUGCCCAGUGCGUUUCGCGAUAAGCUGUGGCCUGAUGGAAGGUUGAGGCGAGUUAUUGGGAGAGAAUAUUUACAGCUUGACCUCAGUCAAUUUAUUCAUGGAUCCUCUUGGACUGAUUGUUAUCGCCCUUCCGCAUCUUAG